GCUACUGAGAAAAGCGAAGAAAAAGAGGAAUAAAAAAACCUAAUUUCCUCGGAUGAUGGCAGAUUUUCGAUCCGCACGCCUUGUUUUUCUCUCGUCGAACUUCUAUUCGAUGUGGUUUAGGGAUCGAAGCCUCUUCAAUCUCGCUCUCAGGCAAAGAUCCUGAAGUACGGUUCACAUCCCUGGUGAAUGAAGCUUUUUGUGGACUUCACUCUGAGACGAUGAGAUGCUGCAUCUUGUGCCAAGACAUUUAGCAGUAUGUAUAUUUUGGGUGGGAAGGUCCUCCGCAUGAUUUGAUCUUUACAGUUUGGGAUCUCUUCCAUGUCUUCUUUUGCGGAUCAAAUUGAGCGUGGGAACUCCACGCAGAGUGUUUUGAGUAGGGGAGGAUCUGAAAUGGGAAGCCGUUACAUUGUGGAGUCAGGUCUAUAUAUGACAUCAUUUGCUGCAACUGUCUUCGUUGCAGCACUUGUGACUGUUGGAGUUCUAUUGGUUACGUUGCUGAUCGCGUUAACCAUCAUGUUAGAAUCAUGUCAAAGUAAGAGCACAGGAGUCAUCGAGAUGCAGAAAGCAAGUGAUGAAUAUGAAUAUUGCAAGAUUUUUGCAUUGCAUGCAGAGCUGAAUGACUUACGAGCUGAUGAAUUUCCUACAGUUUGCAAGGCACUUGCUAUUCAGUACAUUAAAGAAGGUCAAUAUUCUCGUGAUCUGAAUUUGACCAUGCAAGUGGCAGAGAGCUACUUUGACACUUUGGCACCAAAUGACGAUGGUCUGGAUGUGGUAUUGAUAGACAUAGAUGAUAUUUUUCCAGCAAAUCUUCCUCAUUACAGCAAUGUGUUGCAGUACAGUGGUAAGCUGAUUGAGGAUGUGAAGCAUCCAAUGCACAUGUUUGUUUUGAGAUUACACAUGAAGCUCCAUGCUAGUGGCUGGUCUCUGAUCCUUUUCUCAAGGAUGCCUGAGAAGCAGCGGAAUGCCACCGUGGACCACCUCAUUUCUGCAGGAUAUAGAAGCUGGUCUUCUUUGAUUAUGAGAUCUGAUGAAGAACUGCCAAUGCAAAACUGGGAAUACAUCGCCAGCAGGAGGGUGAAGUUGCAUUACCAAGGCUUUCGCAUUGCGAGCGUGAUCAGCAGCCAGGUGGAUGCUCUCAUGGGUCCUUCUUUAGGAAAACGCAAUUUCAAGCUCCCGAAUCCGAUUUACUCCAAGAUAGGUCAGCAUAUCAAGGGUAUGUGAAUAUUAUGGGGUAUAGACCUGAAUCCCCACACCAGUGGCCCUAUUCUUGGUAUAUAGUUGAAAGCAAUUUGUUCUUGAUAAUAUAAACAAUCUUUCAUCUCACAAGGAAAUCGCUACCAUGUACAUGAAACUUGGAAGUAAUGGUUCUAUUAGCAGUUCUUGCUUGUUAUUACUGUUAUUAUUGAGAAAUGCUUUAGUGCUCUUAGAGCACUAUUAAGUCAUAGUGUUCCCAGUUGCAUUGCCACACUUAGUCCGAUCCAUUGAUCUAUACUAUUCAUGAGGUCCAACACUACCACGGAAACAUCAUGCUGAUCUGACAAAUAAAAUCCAUCUGGUCAUUGCCCUUAAAACAUUGACUAUCAAGAUCAUUUACACAAAAAAGGUCCAGUGAACAAUUCGAUCCAUCUAUUUGUUAGGGACUAUCGUGGAUUGCUUAUGAUUCUAAAGAAUAACUUUUGAUAGGCAAUCAUAACCAUCCCAUCCAUGGCUUGGAAAAAGGAUGGCUACAGAAAGUAAGGCCAAACUAAGGUUGGAUUAGAUCAUCCAAUCAGUGUUAUUUUGCAUCUAGCCUAUGAAAAGUAUUAUUAGCUUAAUGAACAGUUCAGAUCAAUUAAUUGGACUGUUCAAGUGAAGCAAAGCAACUAGGAGCACUAUAACUUUAGUGCUCUGAGAGCACAUGAGCAUUUCUCGUUAGUUUUUCCUCUAAAGCUAGUUUGUAAUAUACAUACGCAUGAAAAUUGCAUGCACUAUGUAUUGUAAUGAUUGUUUUUCCUGUUCUUUGGAAAGAAAAAUGCUAUUACAGAGCAGUUAUGUUUC